GACUCGGCACAUCACCAGUGUACAUUGUAGCAUGCAGCAUGUUUUUCUCUAAAGCUUAGAUUGUUUUAAAGAUAUUAUUAUACACUUUAUGUUAAUGUAUUAAAAUAUGACUUCACAGAAAGUGGACGUUGGAUUCCUUGAAGAGAAACAUAGUUGGCAAUUGCACCCUAGGUUUUUUCCAAGUAAAGUUGGAGGAAAACCAUCAUGGUUAAAUCUACAAGAUUUGCCAAACUCUUCUCAAUUAAGUUGUAAAAAAUGCAGUGGGCCUUUAAUAUUUCUGUGCCAAGUUUACGCACCUUAUGAAGAUCGCGAUGAUGCGUUCCAUCGUACAAUAUACUUAUUUAUAUGUAGAAAUGGGUCUUGCUGCCAGUCUAAUUCUAAUGAAAAUUUUGUGGUACUUCGAUGUCAACUAGCUAGAAGAAAUGACUUUUAUUCAUAUGAACCUUAUGUUGAAAAUGAAGAUGAGAUAUUUGAAAUGAGUAAGUGGCCAAAAUUGUGUGAUAUUUGUGGUUGCAGAGCACCUUCUCAUUGCUCUAAGUGUAAGAAAACAUAUUAUUGUAGUAAAAAACAUCAAAUUUUUGAUUGGCACAAGGGCCAUAAGGAAAAUUGUUCAGAUAUCCAGACCUCAACAACAUAUAAACCUAGCAGUUUUAUUGUAACUGAGGCAGGAAAAUCUAUCCUAUUUAAAGAAUGGGAGUUAAUAGUUGAUGAAGAGGAUCAGGAAGAGAAUUCCACAGUGGAUACUGCUAAAGAAAUGGAGAAUUUUAGAAAAAUGAUUCAGGAUAAAAGAGAUGGUAGUUUAAAUAAUAUCAGUGAAGAAGAACUUGAGCAAUACGCAAAAAACAUACCUGAAGAUAAGGUGUUCAAUAAAUUUAACAAAAGAAUAGCUAGACACCCUGAUCAAGUACUUAGGUAUGAUAGAGGUGGCAAACCACUUUGGAUAACAUCAAAUCCUAUUAUAAAUGAUGCUGAUAUACCAAAUUGCCAGUAUUGUGGUGGGACAAGACAAUUUGAAUUUCAAGUUAUGCCACAGUUACUAAACUUCAUCAAUGUUGGUAUAGAUUUCAAUAGUAUUGACUGGGGUAUACUUGCUAUAUUUACCUGCAAAGCAAGCUGCAAUACUGGCAUAGCCUACAAAGAAGAACAUUUAAUAAAACAAGAUUUAUCUAUGUAAUAUAUUAUUUGUACAUAAACAAAACUAUUGUUAAAGUU